AACCAUGCAAGUUGUUGAUAUCUUCACAAAGCCACUUAAAGCUGAUUUGUUCUUGAAGUUUAAAAAGACGAUGGACAUAAAUAAAUUUGAAGAACUUGGUUUAAGAAAGGGUAGUGAAGUUUGCAAGUGCCAACGGCUUGGUGAAACAAUCAGCCGCUUGAUUAGCCGAACCUAUAGCAAGGAGAUGGACGAUCCCUCGUAG